AUGGAGAACUGCACCAGAGAUAACACAACGCUGCAGGAUGGCAUUGUGCUAUUUCAACUUAUCGUCUACGUCCCAGUGUUCUGUUUAGGGAUCCCACUGAACAUGAUUGCCUUCUGGGUCUUCUGCUACAAAAUCAAGAGGUGGACUGAGACCAGGGUGUACCUGAUCAACCUCAUGGUCGCGGACAGUUUCCUGCUCUUUGCCCUGCCUUUCCUGAUAUAUUUUACCAAGUAUGAAUAUCCUAUAGACAAUCUGUGUUUCACCAUACUGAACAUCUAUUUUGUAAACAUGCCUAUGAGCAUAUUUAUCAUCACCCUGAUUGCGAUUGAUCGAUACAUUGCCAUCAAGUUUCCUCUAAAAGCAAAGAUUCUUCGAUCCCCGCUGAAAUCAGCUUCUAGAGCCUUGAUCUAUCCUAGCUGGAUCCUGGACCAGCCAUCAGUUCCAAUGUCUGACUUCCAGGCAAGUGGCAACAGAGAGCUCAAAACAGUCUUAGAGCACCGGAAGGAAGUGACCCAUGGAGAAACCUGGGCUGAGAGGGGCGUCAGUGCCAAGGCGUGA